AUGAUUUGGAAGCAAAUUCUUUUCCUCUCCUGCCUUACUGCAUUUGUGCUUUUAGCUAUUCUUGAGGCUGGGGAAGGUGCAGCUGUGGGCUCUAAGCAAGCAGAUGGAGAAGAGGAUAAAGAAAAUUUGAAGAAGAUUUUCCUCCAGGAAUCAGAUGCUUCUAAUUUCUUCAAGAAACGGGGCAAGAGAUCCAUCAAAUCCCGGGAUGAGCUGAACGCGGAAAAUAGGCAAAAGCUUCUAGCAGAUGAGCAUCGGCGGGAGUAUUACGAAGAGCAAAGGAAUGAGUUUGAGAACUUUGUGGAGGAGCAGAAUGACGAACAAGAAGAGCGGAGCAGAGAGCAGAUUGAACAAUGGCGUCAGUGGCACUAUGACGGUCUCUACCCACCAUACCUCUAUAACCGCCAUCGCAUCUAA